UAUUAAUCUACAAAUUCUCAUGGACCAUGAUGAAAGAUUACUGUGUGAGGGUUCAUCAUGAAACAUUGUAUGUUGAGUUCUUCAUUUGUUAUUUCUCUCUGUGUCUUCAGCUUGAUUAACUUUGCACACUUUGAACAAGCACAAGCACAAACUCAAACUUCAAAUGCUACUACAGAUCCUUCUGAAGCAAGAGUUGUAAAUUCAAUAUUUAGCAAAUGGAAGAUAUCAGCAAAUCAAACUCAAUGGAACGUAACCGGUGAUAUAUGCAGUGGAGGAGCCAUCGAUACCGUCAUCGAUGACAACACUUAUAACCCUUUCAUCAAAUGCGAUUGUUCCUUUAACAAAAACACUACUUGCCGCAUCAUCGCACUGAAAGUUUAUGCAAUAGAUGUGAUUGGUGAAAUUCCAGCUGAGCUAUGGACUCUUACUUAUCUCACCAAUUUGAACCUUGGCCAGAAUUACUUGAACGGAUCUCUACCUCCGGCAGUUGGAAAUCUGACUCGUAUGCAAUACAUGUCCAUUGGCAUCAAUGCUUUAUCAGGAAAACUUCCAAAGGAAUUGGGAGAUCUAACUGAGUUGAUUGUAUUGGGUAUUGGGACUAAUAACUUCUCAGGAUCUCUGCCAUCUGAACUAGGGAAGCUGACAAAACUAGAACAACUCUACAUGGAUAGUUCUGGAAUCAGUGGUCCAAUUCCGCCCACAUUUGCAAGCCUUAAGAAUUUGGUGACAUUAUGGGCUUCAGACAAUGAACUCACAGGUAGAAUACCGGACUUCAUUGGAAAUUGGACUAAGCUUCAAUCCUUGAGGUUUCAGGGUAAUUCUUUUGAAAGUCCAAUUCCCUCGUCAUUGUCCAAUUUGACUUCUUUGACAGACAUAAAGAUAAGUGGUUUACUUAAUGGGAGCUCCUCAUUGGAUGUAAUAAGGAACAUGAAGUCCUUAACGAUCUUAGACUUGAGGUAUAACAAUAUUUCUGGUUCAAUUCCUUCCACCAUAGGAGAAUUUGAAAAUUUGACUUAUCUGGAUUUAAGCUUCAAUAGCCUCUCAGGACAAAUUCCUGGAUCGAUUUUCAAUUUGACUUCGCUCACUUCCUUGUUUCUUGGAAAUAACACAUUUAGUGGCACUCUCCCUCCGCAGAAAAGCUCAUCUCUUAUCAACAUAGACUUGUCAUACAAUGAUCUAUCAGGAAGCCUCCCCUCUUGGAUAAACGAACCAAAUUUACAACUGAACAUAGUUGCCAACAAUUUGACAAUAGGAAAUUCAAAUAUCAGUGGUUUGCCUAUUGGGCUUAACUGUCUUCAGAAAAAUUUUCCAUGCAAUCGUGGUGUUGGACGAUAUUCAGACUUUGCGAUCAAGUGUGGUGGUCCCCAACUAACUACAGAUGGAAUUGUGUAUGAAAAAGACAAUGAGACACUUGGUCCUGCUACUUACUUUGUUACUGAUACAAAUAGAUGGGCCGUUAGUAAUGUUGGAUUAUUUACCGGAAACCCCAAUCCUCUGUUCCAAAGUAUUGGCUCAAAUGAGUUCAACGGUACUGUGAAUUCGGAGCUUUUAGAACAUUUGAUCUGGACUUUACAACAAAGAGUUUUGUUACAAACUGCUCGUAUCUCUGCCUCAUCAUUAAGAUAUUAUGGUCUGGGGCUACAAAAUGGUUUUUACAACAUUACCCUCCAAUUUGCGGAAACAACUAUUCUGGAUUCUCCAACAUGGAAAAGCCUCGGGAGACGAAUCUUUGAUAUUUAUAUCCAGGGAACUCGUGUUUUGAAGGAUUUUGACAUACAAAAAGAAGCUGGAGGCGUCUCUUACAGUGCAGUUCAAAAGCAAUUUAGGUUUGAAGUUAAAGAAAACUAUCUCGAGGUCCAUCUUUUUUGGCCCGGAAAAGGGACUUGCUGCAUACCCGGCCAAGGUACUUAUGGGCCCUUGAUUCAAGCCAUCAGUGCUACCCCAGAUUUUGUACCUACUGUCAACAGUAAACCUCCCAGCAGCAAAAAGAAUAAAGUGGGUCUAAUCAUUGGAGUUGUUGUGGGGGUUGGAGCUGUUUGCUUCCUAGCAGUUUCUUCCAUUUUCUAUAUCCUUAGGAGAAGAAAACUCUAUAAUGACGAUGAUGCAGAUCUUGUAGGCAUUGAUACGAUGCCAAACACUUUCAGCUAUUAUGAGUUAAAAAAUGCUACAAGUGACUUCAAUCGUGACAAUAAACUUGGAGAGGGGGGUUUUGGACCUGUGUAUAAGGGGACUCUUAAUGAUGGAAGAUUUGUAGCUGUGAAACAAUUAUCUAUAGGAUCCCAUCAAGGAAAGAGCCAGUUUAUAGCUGAGAUUGCUACUAUAUCCGCUGUUCAACACCGAAAUCUUGUCAAAUUAUAUGGAUGUUGUAUUGAAGGGAAUAAAAGACUUCUUGUCUACGAGUAUUUAGAAAAUAAGAGUCUUGAUCAAGCAUUGUUUGGAAAUGUUUUAUUCCUUAAUUGGUCGACCCGUUAUGAUGUUUGUAUGGGUGUUGCAAGAGGAUUGACAUAUUUACACGAGGAGUCACGACUCCGAAUUGUGCACCGUGAUGUGAAAGCUAGUAAUAUUCUACUCGACUCUGAGCUUGUCCCAAAAUUAUCUGACUUUGGAUUGGCCAAAUUAUAUGAUGAUAAAAAAACGCAUAUCAGCACCCGUGUUGCAGGGACAAUUGGAUAUCUUGCACCGGAGUAUGCCAUGCGUGGACGACUCACCGAGAAAGCGGAUGUUUUUUCCUUUGGUGUUGUGGCUCUGGAGUUAGUUAGUGGGAGACCAAAUUCUGAUUCAAGUUUGGAAGAAGAUAAGAUGUAUCUUCUAGACUGGGCUUGGCAGCUUCAUGAAAGAAACUGUAUAAAUGAUCUGAUAGAUCCUAGACUAUCAGAAUUCAACAUGGAAGAAGUCGAACGCCUUGUGGGAAUAGGAUUGUUGUGCACUCAGACAUCACCAAAUUUACGACCAUCAAUGUCACGUGUAGUGGCAAUGCUUUUAGGAGAUAUUGAAGUGAGCACAGUAACAUCAAGGCCCGAAUACUGGACUGACUGGAAAUUUGGCGACGUGAGCAGCAUCAUGACUGACACUUCAGCAGAGGGAUUAGAUACAAGUAAUUACAAUUCAACAGCAAGUACAAGCAUAGUUAGUGGUGCAUAUAUUCAUUCACCAAAUGAUCCUUCUAAAUCCAUCCUUCAUGACAAUCUUAGAGAUGAUGGUUGGUAAAAAUUUGUGCAUUCUUUGGCGGUCUUCAUCAAGUGUACAAAAAAUGAUAAUGCACUCUGCUCCAACAUUUUUUUCCUCUUUUUUCUUUAUUUUUUUGUUAAUUUUUCUCCCUAUGUUGUGUUGUAUAUGCUACUUUGUAAUGUAAGUACGAGGGCAUCUAAUAUGGACCUCUAAAAAAUGUUCUAA